AUGACGUCGAAAGUUAUUAUCGUCACUGGGAUUGGUGCCGCAGUCGCCCACCACCUCGCCCAUCACCACCACCUCGUCCUCAUCGCCCGCACCCACGACGCCCUCGCCCGCGUCGCCGCCACCUUCCCCGCCGACCGCGUGCGCAUCGUCGCCGGCGACCUCAGCGACCCGUCCGUCGCGCAGAAGGCCGUCGACGUGGCGAUCGCGGCGUGGAAGCGCGUCGAUGGACUAGUGGUCAAUCAUGGGGUGUUGGAUCCGAUUAAGCGGGUUGGCGAGGCGGAGGUAGGGGAGUGGCGGGCGGCAUUUGAGGUGAAUUUCUUCUCGGCAGUGGGAAUGAUUCAGGCGGCGUUGCCAGCGCUUCGGGAGUCCGGGGGGAAUAUCGUCAUCACGUCGUCGGGGGCGGCGGUGGGUGCGUACAGCACCUGGGGCGCGUACGGAGCGAGCAAAGCGGCGCUGAAUCACCUGGCCAUGACGCUGGCGGUGGAGGAGCCGAGCAUCACGACGGUGUCCAUCCGGCCGGGCGUGGUGGAUACGGAGAUGCAGCGGGAGAUACGUGAGGUGCAUCAGACGAUCAUGGAUAAGAAAGACGCGGACAAGUUUGCGGCAUUGAAGAUGGAGGGCGGGUUGUUGCCCCCGGAGAAGCCUGGACAUGUCAUUGCGAAGUUGGCACUGGGGGCACCGAAGACGUUGAGUGGAGGAUUUAUGAGUUGGAAUGAUACUGCGCUUGCGGAAUUCCAGGACUGA